AUGACACAACAAACAGAACAAUAUGAUUGUCAGGAUCUGGAAUAUAUUAUCAAUGAAUUUAACAAGGUAGAAGAUAAUACUAUCUUCUUAAAUAUGGUUAUUAAAGAGAUUGAUGGAGUACGAAUAAAUGACAAAGUAGUUAAGAGAGUAUAUUUACAAAUAAACUAUGACGAUAAUGCAGUCCAAAGUUUAAGACGAUCACUUGUAACGCCAUUGUCGGUCACCGGUCAAGAAGACCCUAUGUACAAAGCGAUGGAGCAAAAUACUUGGAAACAACACUCAAUCUACUCACCACGCGUCGACAAUGAGCAUUUAUUGAGAACAAGAGUUUCUCUGUCACCUUCAACUUCUGUGGCUGAUAGUCUUGCCCAUUAUAAUAAACUUAUCGAUGACAGUUCAGAGGUUGACUUGGUGAAGAGUGACCUUAGGGAUUUUAUGGGCCCAUACGGCGUCAAUGAAGUCAUGUUACGACCCAAUUAUUCGACUCCUUCCCCACAAAAUUCUCUCCAUUAUUUAGUGUUAAUAACACCAGAAGCUCUCCUGAGUAUAUCGCUCCAAGCCCAGACCGGAGUCGGAUAUGUAAAACCAGUUGUCGACUCAAGAACCUACAAGGAUUUCAAAGUAUCAAAGAAAGACUCGAAAGCACACCAAGUUGAUGCUGUUUCUAAUGAAUUAGAAAUGGAUAAGUGGUCCGAUUUGGACAUAUUGAUAAGCAAGGAUACAACGUCGUAUAAGGGUGCACAAUCAAUAAAAAAGUACAAGGAUUCAUUUAAUAACAUAGGAAAAAACUUGACAAGAUAUCCUAAUGUCAAAUCGUAUGCUAACCAAGUCUUGUAGUACCUACAAAAGGCCACAGUUCACCAGCUACACCUUGAAAAGUUUGAAGAGCACAUCAAUAAAAAAAAUAAACGACGUUCGAAGCGAAGGUUAAAUAAUCAAACGCUCAUAAACUCUCAAACUGAAGUCCUUCUCUCCUAACUAAACAAGCAUCGAAAAAUGGAACAAG